AUGGUUGGUGUGGACUGUAGAGGAUCAGAGUCGACACUGAAGAACUGUAGAUCAGAUGGGAAGGGGGAUUAUUGUGGUCACAGUCGUGAUGCUGGAGUCACUUGCUCAGGUCACAGAGAGCCAAUUCUCACUGCUGGCCCUCACCGGUGCUCUGGGAGAGUGGAGGUGCUUCAUGGAGGUUCCUGGGUCACACCAUGUGAUGCUGAUUUUGACCAGCAGGAUGCAGAGGUUGUGUGUCGAGAGCUGAGCUGUGGGAUUCCUGUGGAGGUUCUGGGAUCAGCUGCUUUUGGCCGAGGGGAGGGUCAGGUGUGGACAGAGGAGCUUCAGUGUAGAGGAACAGAACCUGAGAUUACCUUCUGUCCAACAUCAUCUUCACUCAAACACUCAAACUGCUCCCAUUACAACGAUGUGGGAUUAAUAUGUUCUGGUCACACAGGGGCGCGGCUGGUGAAUGGACCGGACUCCUGUUCUGGUCGAGUGGAGCUCCAGUACCUCAGUGACUGGGGCACAGUUUGUGCUGUAGGCUGGGAUAUGAGAGCUGCAGAUGUUCUCUGUGCACAGCUGGAUUGUGGCAGUGCUGUGGCUGUGGUGGAGGUGGACUGGUUUGGGGAGGGGAGUGGCCACAUCUGGGCUGAUGUGUUUGAUUGUCAGGGGAAGGAGACACACCUAUCACAAUGUGGCAUCUCAUCAUGGAGUGGAGCUGCAUGCUCUCAUAAACACGAUGCUGGAGUCAUCUGUAAUGGAUCAUCCGUGGCGUUUCAUGAGGGGCGAGUGCGGUUGUCUGGAGGGAGCGAGUGUCAGGGGGAGGUGGAGAUUUAUUUCAGGCAGGACUGGAGGAGAGUUCUCCUGGACUUGUGGAGUCUGUCUGAGGCGUCUGUGCUCUGCAGACAGCUGGGCUGUGGCUCCGUGCUGAACUACCGCUCCUCUCCAUCCACCACUGAACACAAACACAUGUGUGUAACGGGUUUCAGCUGCUCUGGGAGUGAAGCUCAUCUGGGGAACUGCAGCACUGCACAACCUGUCAACUGCAGCUCCGGGGAACAGCUGUACAUCACCUGCUCAGACCUCAGGUCCAUCAGGCUGGUUGGUUCUGGGGGAGACUGUGCAGGAAGGCUGGAGGUUUUCCACAGCGGCUCGUGGGGGACAGUGUGUGAUGACUCGUGGGAUAUUGAGGAUGUGCAGGUGGUGUGCAGACAGCUGCAGUGUGGAGUGGCCCUCAGUACCCACAUACCAGCCUGGUUUGGUCCUGGAACUGGGUCCAUAUGGCUGAAUGAGGUGGAGUGUGAGGGGAACGAGACGUCCCUGUGGAACUGCAGAUUUCAGCUGUGUGAAGAUUGUGAAUGUGGACACCAGGAGGACGUAGGAGUCGUGUGCUCAGAGUUUAAAGAGAUCCGACUCACGGAGGGCUGUGAGGGGAAUCUGGAAGUGUUCUACAAUGGAACCAGGGAGCACUGGUCUCUCAGGCUGAGUGGAGGAAAGAGAAGCUGCUCUGGGAGGUUGGAGGUGUAUCAUAACGCUACGUGGGGCUCCAUUUGUGAUGAUCAGUGGAACAUCAGUAACGCUCAGGUGGUGUGCAGACAGCUGGGCUGUGGGUCGGCGCUGAGUGCUGAUAGGAAUGUUAGUUCUGGUCCUGGUGAAGGGACUAUCUGGCCAAACAGAGUGAAGUGUCGAGGGGAUGAGAUUCACCUGUGGGACUGUCAUCAUUUCCUGAAGAAACACACUGACUGCUCUCAUGCUGGAGUCACCUGUGCAGACGUGUCCACUACUACACCCAUCACCAUCACCACCACCACCACCAUCACCACCACCACCAAAUCAGUAACAGCUCCUCCAAAUCCUCCAGCACCUAAAGCUCCACCCACUCCUCCACUGGUUCUCUUUGUGUUGGGAACGCUGCUCUUCCUGGCCUUAGUGCUUCUGCUGGUCCUUUUUUACCAGAACAGAGUGCUCAGGAGAGGAAGUCUCCUCUCUGAAGAACAGCAUUCUGGGUAUGAGCAUGUGGAUGAUGAGCUUCUCUCAGUAAAGUCUGGGACUGGAGAAAAGGCUGAGUAUUAUGAUGAUGUCAUCGACACCAGUGACUUCAUAAGUGAUACAGGAAGAGUUGACCCACCAGAGGACUACGAUGAUGCCGUCACUGCUGGACCGAUCCCUGAUAACGUGGAUGAGGAUGAAGCUGAGAAUUAUGAUGACGCCAUUACAGCUGAUCAGAAGUCAGUUAUACUGACAGAGGACGUGUCCGAGAACUACGACGAUGCGGUUCCCACUGAAACGAACACAAACAUCAUCACAGGUGGGCGUUCCUCAUCCUCACCUUCUCCGACUCCGCCCUCCAUUCACAAACCGGCGCUGGACCACGCCCCCGCCUCCAAGUUGGUAAUCACCGGUUAA